AUGUUGAACGCCCUCAAAAAGCUCGAAGACACAUACGAAUACUCAUCCAUUGGGUCUAAGCAGGAUAGGCAUGUGGCGUUGUGGGUAGAUGCACUCUGCAUCAACCAGGAAAACGAUGCUGAGAAGACGGUUCAGGUCAUGAAGAUGAAUCAGAUAUACCAAAAAGCAUACAGCGUCUGUAUCUGGCUAGGUCUGGACGAUCCGGACUUCCAUUCGAGUAAAGCGAUGACUUUCAUCAAAGAUGUGGUCGACCUGAACAAGCUGAACAAUCUCCUCACAGACGAUCGUUACAUCCCGCAAUGGGCGAGUCUGUUCCAAUUGCUCAAGUGGAGCUGGUUCUCGCGACGUUGGGUCAUCCAGGAACUAGCACUAGCUCAGCAGGCUACCGUUCACUGCGGUCAGUCUGAAGUUCAUUGGAACGAUUUCAGGGACGCCAUCGGAAUUUUCCACCGCUACUUCAAGUCACUGCAACCAAGGAUACAAAACCCUAGACUCGGCGGUAAUGACGAGUAA